AUAUCCAUUUCUUGGGGGAAAAAGACAUUGGGAGCAGUGGGGCCGAGCCGUUGACCUCCUUCCUCACAGCAAUUACAAUUCCCUAGAUUCAUCCAGUGUGCUUCGCCCUAAUACAUUGCUUGCACUAUGAGUAAAGGGGGUAACAUCAAAGUGGUAGUCCGCUGUCGGCCACUCAACAGUCGAGAGAUCAGCAGGAAAGCAGAAUGCAUCAUAAGGAUGGAUGGCAAUAUGACAACUAUCACUAAGCCAGAUGGACCAGAUGGCGGUGGGGGCGCUACGAAAUCAUUUUCGUUUGAUCAUUCUUACUGGUCUUUUGAUAAGAACGACUCAAAUUACGCAGGACAACAACGGUUAUACGAGGAUUUGGGCGUCGAAUUGUUAAAUCAUGCUUUCAGCGGAUACAAUACCUGCAUCGUAGCAUACGGACAGACAGGAAGCGGUAAAUCAUACUCAAUGAUGGGAUAUGGAGAAGAUCGCGGCAUUAUACCCUUAUCCUGCCAUGAACUCUUUCGGCGGAUAGAGGCUAAUAAGGAUCCUACACUGAGUUACCGAGUUGAGGUCUCGUACAUGGAAAUUUACUGCGAACGGGUUCGUGAUUUAUUAAAUCCAAAGAACAAAGGGAAUCUCAAAGUACGUGAACAUCCGUCCCUGGGCCCGUACGUCGAGGAUUUAUCAAAACUUAUUGUCACCUCCUUUCAAGACAUCGAGAACUUAAUGGAUGAAGGCAAUAAGGCUCGAACAGUGGCUGCAACAAAUAUGAACGAAACAUCCAGUCGAUCUCAUGCGGUUUUCACAGUUUUGCUCACUCAAAAGAGAUACGAUAUUGAAACCAAAUUAGAAACAGAAAAAGUCUCCCGAAUAUGUCUUGUGGAUCUUGCAGGAAGUGAGAGAGCUAAUUCGACUGGAGCAACAGGUGCGCGUCUUAAAGAGGGAGCAAACAUUAAUAAAUCAUUGACAACACUGGGCAAGGUCAUUUCGGCCUUGGCGGAUGCUUCCAGUGCUUCAGUGCCCAAGAAAGGAACCAAGAAACCCCCAGAAGUGUUUAUACCCUAUCGUGACUCCGUUUUGACUUGGCUUUUGAAGGAUUGCUUGGGCGGGAACUCAAAAACAGCGAUGAUUGCAGCCUUAUCACCAGCAGAUAUCAACUACGAUGAGACAUUGAGCACCCUUCGCUAUGCAGAUCAGGCCAAGAAGAUAAAGAACAAGGCUAUCGUGAACGAAGAUCCAAACGCUAAAUUAAUUCGUGAAUUAAAGGAGGAACUGCAGGAGCUACGGUCAAAAUUGGGUGUAUACGAUCCACUACAGACAGGAUCUACUGUGGUACCUUCUAAUACCUUAGUGACCAUUGUAGAUCUCCAUGGAAAUCCAAGGACACUUACGAGAGAGCAGUUACAGGAUGAAGUUCAGGCGUCGGAGAAGAUCAUGGCGGAGCUAAACGAGACAUGGGAGGAGAAGCUCAGAAGAACUCAGGAGAUCCAAUUGGAGCGUGAGCGAACUUUAGAGGAGCUUGGAAUUUCUGUUGAAAAAGGCCAUAUUGGUGUACACACCCCUAAAAAGAUGCCACAUCUUGUGAAUUUGAGUGAGGAUCCACUCAUGUCGGAGUGCCUUGUUUACCAACUAAAACCUGGACAGACUCACGUUGGACGAUUGGAGUCUUCAAUGCCAGCCGACAUUCGCCUCUCAGGAUCCAAUAUUCAUGAUCAGCACUGUUAUUUUGAGAACAUUAACUCAGUUGUCACAUUAUACCCCGGUACGUCCUCUAUGACAAUGGUCAAUGGGUUGCGUAUUAGUAAGCCAAAGAGACUGCGCUCAGGGUUCAGAGUUAUUUUGGGUGACCAUCAUGUGUUCCGCUUCAACCAUCCGGAAGAGGUUCGUAAGGAGCGCGACCAGCAGCAGCAGCAACUAAACACUGGGGGAUCGAGUUCAAACUCACCUCCCGCCUUGAAGAAUCAGCAUCCUACCCACUCAAAUAGUAUGGAGGACGAUCGGCCAGAAGAUCGGCCAGAUUCUCCCAUUUCGUCUGCCUCAAUUAUGUCAGAAUUUUUGGACUAUAAUUAUGCUCGCAAAGAGGCUGUCAUUCAUGCCCACAUGCUUUCAGAAUCCAGUAUCCAUCAUCUCAAGGACCAUGAUUUGGAGUUGCUGUUUGAAAACAUCGCAAAAGUCAGAUAUAUGCGCAAGAGUGUACGCUCUGAUAGUCGUCCAGGGUCAACUGUUGAUGACGAUACGGAAUCUAGAUCAUCACGGAUGUCGACAAUCGAGAGAUGGCAUGGGGAACACACUUUGUUUGAAGAUGAGCGAGAGAGCCCUAUCCCUCCACUGGAAUCGUCAGCACUAGCUCUAAAAGAGAAGCUAAGGUUGGCCGAGCUGGAGGUGCAGCAGAUGACACAACAACGUAUAGAAUACGAAGCCAAGAUUCAAAAUCUAUCGGCAGCAGAAGCAAAAUCAGAUGAGCUUCUUGCAGAGAAAUCACAGAUGGAAGAGAGGCUGCGACGAGCUGAGGAGGAUUUGAAGGCGCGAUUGGAAGAUCAGCGGCAGCAAUAUGAGGAGAAGAUGAAACGGAUGUCAAUUAUGAGCAUGACGAGUAGCCAUCUCGAUGAGGUGAAGCUCAAAGAGAAUAUUCUGCCAAUGUAUUCUGAUCAUGAGCUUAGACUUAUCAAUAAAACUUUGGCUUCUUGGAAGCAGCAUCGGAGGAUCCACAUGGCGGAAAUCAUCCUGACUAACGCAGUGUUGAUCAAAGAAGCCAACAUCAUCAGUCACGAGUUGUCCAAACAGGUUGUCUACCAGUUCACCAUAGUGGAAGCUGGACCCUUGGGGAAUCCAGGCUCAUAUUGGGAGUCAACAGCGGGUAUCUCUCAAUACAGCAAUGACGAGGAUACAUCGCUACACAUUGCACAGCGGCCUUGCGUUGCCAUCAGAGUCAUUGACAGCAAGCACAACGUCAUCUACGUUUGGUCAUUUGAAAAGCUCAAAGUUCGUUUGCAACGAAUGCGGAAUCUUUACAAUAUUUCUGAUCGGCCUCAAUACCGGGAGCAUUUCAAUAUGGGGGAUCCAUUUUAUGAAGCGCCAGUGCCUCGAUUCACAUUCAUAGGAAGCGCCUCAGUCAUAUUACGGAGCCUAUGCAGCAUACAGUUCAAGGAGUCAGUGGUUCCAAUCCUUUGUCGAAUCACAGGACAAGUGGUCGGGAAUGCAAGGGUGGCAAUUUCACCACUUAGCUAUAAUAAUACCGAAAGACCUGUUGGUUUGAAGAUUCCGCCGUUAAAAUCGCAGACAAAUAAUCGCAUCCAGAAGCACGACAAAUGUCAAGACCAACCAACCUCAUUAGAUACACCCAGCGGGUUGAAAGUGGGGGACCAGCUUUUGUUUGAAAUCUCACUCCUGACAGUUGAAGGGUUCUCUGAACAGCAAUAUACCCAGAUCCACGCUCAAUUCAGACUUUCUAACUUUACAGAAGCAGCAGUAGGAGGAGGAGCGGCAGCAAGCGUGGGAAAGAAUGUUGGUGUCCUCCAAGCAAGCUUGGUUCGAGGGGACAAGCUGUUUGCAACUGAUCCUGUAGGCGGUUUUGAUGAAGGUCCGAUUUUUUUUGGGUUUUCGCAGGUAUUAUCUAUAACUGUCACACCAUCAAUUUUGGACAUCCUCUUGCGUGGAUCUUUGAACUUUGAGUUCUUUGGAGAGGCUACAUCAACUACAUUAGCAGCGUGGGAAAAAUGGGAUAAAGAUAAGGAGGAUACACAUCAACCGCAAGCUAGCGCCACCGCUGCAUCAAACAAGUUACCAGCAGUAAAUGGACAUCCCUCUCUACGAAGUCGGCGCAGACCUCAUGUGGGUUGCGAAGGCUCUUUGUCAUCACUAUCAGAACGGCGAUCUGAAGAUGAAUUGACUAUGGAGGAACACCACGACGUCCUUGCUCACGUUCAAGUAUGCGAAUUAGCACCAUCAGGUGAUUACAUGCCUGUGCAAGUGAUCUCUAAAUCGACGGUUGAUAUAGGAGCUUUCCAACUUCGUCAGGGACUGCAGCGGCGGAUUGUACUGACACUAUCUCACACGUCUGGUCAUCAAUUCGCAUGGAACCAUGUUUCCAAGAUUAAUAUCGGAAGAGUGAGAUUGCUCGGCAAUAAUGGCAAAAUAACAGAGUCCUCUCCUCGAGAAGACGUUUCGCUCAACAUUGUCCCUGGACAAAAGCCCGAAUAUCUUGCUGAUGGCACUAGUGUUUUAAUUGUUUAUGCCUCAUGGGACAGUACUCUGCAUGAGUCUUUGUUUUUGAACAGGGUAACUACAUCGAACACGCGUAUCCUUCUGACGCUGACUUGGUUUGUAGAGGCGGAGAGGUGCAUGGAGCCUAUUUGUUUCCGUAUGGAUAUUGCAGCUCAGAUUCAGGACCGGGAGGCACGAGCAGGAUCGCAUGCACCCUAUAGAUUCGUCCCAAUGUUUCUGCAGCACUCUACUACGCGAGUUCUCAAGAAGGCAAGUGGACUGUUCCUAUUGACACUACGACCAAUUGUGGCCAGAAAUGCAUCAGAGCUAUGGCGGUUGAAUACUGCCAGCAAAUACGUGAGAGGUGAAGAGUUUCUGGCUGGGGUUUGGAGACCUCGUGGCGUAUCGCUUAUUAAUGACUUUAACUUGACAAGGAAGGGAAUCCGUAAAUUGGAAGCUGUUGAAAAAACAAGGCAAUGGCUUCAACUAGUUGAAACUAGCAAACAGUACAAGUCAUUCCUGUGCAGAGACAAAGGGAACCAUACCGAAGAUGAUUGUAUGGAAGAGGACAAUGAUAAGGCACCUGAGUUAGCCAGACAGGGGCUUUUGCGUAAAGUGAUCGACCUAUGGCGCUUCAAAACUGUUUCAAUACAAGAUAUAUUAAUCAGUCAGGACCCUCCUUCAACGAACGCUGACAACUUGACUGUUAUCAAGCAACCUCGCCCAACACCAAAACUACAGUCAGAAGUUAAAUUGAUAACCAAGAGCGAUAUUGUAUCCAAGAAAGGGUACCUUUUUUAUCCUGAGAAUAGAGAUGAGAACUGGAUCAAACGCUGGUUUGUGAUUCGGAGGCCUUAUAUGAGUGUCUAUACCAACUCAUCAGAAACGGAAGAACUUGGUGUCAUCAAUCUUACCCAUGUCCGUAUCGACUACAAGCGCGAUCUCGAGAUCAUGUUAAACCUGCAGCACGUCUUUGCGAUAUACACAUCUAGCAACUCAUACAUGAUGCAAGCGCCAAACCGCAACGAAAUGUGCUCAUGGCUGAGUUGUCUUGAUCCAUUUUUUGACUUAACUCAGAUCCCUCAAGAAAAGCCUUGAAAGAAGAAAAACCUACCAUUUCAUUUCUAAUCUUUUCUACAGGAUCACUAGG